GGCGACGUCAGAUUGCUAUCACUUUGCACUCAGCACCAUGGCAACAGCAGCAGCUUCCACUUCGCGUGCGCGCACCGUUAGCAAGCAGAAUGCCUCUGAGCCAGCAGCUUCUGUCUCUGGCAACGUGACAAAGAGGCUCCAGAGCGAGCUCAUGGGCUUAAUGAUGCAGUCGCACGAAGGCAUUACCGCCUUCCCUACCGACAAUCUGCUCGUCUGGACCGGUCAAAUCACCGGGCCAGCAGAGACUGUCUACGCCGGCCUGACGUACAAGAUCAGACUGACGUUUGGCCAGAGCUACCCUAUGACGGCACCCAUCGUUCGCUUCGAACCGGAGACUCCCUGCUAUCAUCCCAAUGUCGAUCUGGCCCGAGGCGACAUCUGUAUCGACAUCCUCAAGGAAGAGUGGUCAUCUGCUUUCAGCGUUUCGACGAUUCUGUUAUCGCUGCAAUCUUUACUAGGAGAGCCCAAUAAUCGUUCGCCGCUCAAUGUCGAGGCAGCCGACCUCUGGGACGAUCAGACGAGUUUCAAGAAGCAGGUUCUCGCGAGCCACAGCAGCAAGCCGUCGUCCGCUUGAUAUACAGACCGUCUCAUGUCCCUAAUGCUCAUGUUGUCC